AUGUCGUCCUUUUCUGCUCACGGCCCUGCGAACACGCUUCCCUUUACGCCACCUCAUGGACUUGCUCCGGUGCCGCUCUCAGCUGCUAGCCAGGGGGCUGUUGCCCGUGGCCCCAAGGGCAUCCUUGUGCGCCCGAUUGGAGCUGUCAGAGCAGCUCGUCGAACUCUAAAUGGUGUCAUUCCAAACCCUGCAAUACACCCCGUUACCUGGGCGGGUAGCCGUGGGAACGACGAUGAGGUUCUUCCGCAGACUUCACCGUUCUCGGCCUCUCAGCGGCCCAGCACAUCCGGCGGCCUUGCUGUUACAUCGCGGCCGAUCCCGCUUCUCUCCGCAUACGGUCCGGGAAGUCCAGGUGCUCCUGAAAUAGCGAGUGGUGCAGCCGCCAGUGCGCUCGUGAGAGCCGGGACAACCCAGGAACUCAGCGCACACCAGACUGGCCAGAGCUUUGGCGUUCCCCCCCCUGCGGCGCCUCAGGAGGGAAAUCAGUUUGCCAGGUAUUACGUCUUUGACUGGGACAAUACACUUUGCCCCACCGACUGGCUAUCGGGGCUAUAUGGACAGAAUGGUUUGAAUCUCUAUAUGAGUAAGAGGCCUUGCCCGGCGCUCAGUUCCCCGGUCCUAAAGUCCAAGAUGGACCUGCUACAAAACAGUGUGCGACGGCUGCUGCUGAAGUGCAAGGAGAAAGGCGAAAUUGCGAUCAUGUCCAACGCUACGAGCGUUGGACUCAUUAAGACGCUCCGACUCCUUCCCGUCAUCCACAGAACUGUGAACGAGCUACGCAUCGCUGUAGUCUCUGCCCGGGAUAUGUGUGAGCCUCACGGUCUUCCAUUGGAGGACUGGAAGGACACGGCGCUCAUCCAAAUGCUGCUCGAUUUCGCAGGGCGGCAUGUUAACCACAAGCUCUCUGUUAUGACUAUAGGCGACCAAGACUUCGAGCACAUUGCCCUUCACAAUGCUUCGGAGUAUCUUCAGUCGCAGUUUGGCCGGGAUCCUCACCCGAAAUGCAUAAAAUACGUCGAGUCACCGACAAUUGACACUGUCACUAAGCAGACGUCAAUCUUCACCGAACUGAUUGACCAGUUUGCUGACGACGAAAGCGGCACGUACCUCAUGGAACAAGACAGUGCCAUGAUGGAUUACAGGCGUCACUCACUGUGA